GGUGGGUGGGAACGUGGCGGAACUCCGGGCGCCGCGGCGGGGGCGACAGAGCGCCAUGGCGGCCGCUGUGGUUACGGCAGCCGGUGCCCGCGCCGCGGCGAGGUGAGGGGGCGCCUCUUCGCCACAGCUGAGGAGGCCACGGCUGCCUGCCCGCCCUGCAGGCGGGCCGCCGCUGCGGCAUGGCCGGGAUCAUUAAGAAGCAGAUCUUGAAGCACCUGUCCCGGUUCACUAAGAAUCUUUCCCCGGACAAGAUCAACUUGAGCACCCUGAAAGGGGAGGGUCAGUUGACCAACCUGGAGCUGGAUGAAGAGGUUCUGCAGAAUGUGCUGGAACUGCCCACCUGGCUAGCCAUUACCAGAGUCUACUGCAACAGGGCCUCCAUCCGGAUCCAGUGGACCAAGUUGAAGACACAUCCAAUUUGCUUGUGUCUAGAUAAGGUGGAGGUGGAGAUGAAAACCUGUGAAGAUCCUCGCCCCCCCAAUGGACAGUCUCCCAUUGCCCUUGCUUCAGGACAGAGUGAGUAUGGCUUUGCUGAGAAGGUGGUGGAGGGGAUGUUCAUCAUCGUCAAUUCCAUCACCAUCAAGAUCCACUCCAAGGCCUUCCACGCUUCUUUUGAACUGUGGCAGCUCCAGGGCUAUAGUGUCAACCCCCUCUGGCAGCAGAGUGACCUGCGUCUGACCCGCAUCACUGAUCCCCGGCGAGGCGAGGUUUUAACAUUUAAGGAAAUAACUUGGCAGACACUUCGAAUUGAGGCAGAUGCCACGGAUAAUGGUGAUCAGGACCCAGUUACCACUCCACUGAGGCUCAUUACCAACCAAGGCCGGAUCCAGAUAGCCCUCAAGAGAAGAACCAAAGAUUGCAAUGUGGUGGCCUCCAAGUUGACGUUCCUGCUGGAUGACCUGCUCUGGGUGCUGACUGACUCACAGCUCAAGGCAAUGAUGAAGUACGCUGAGUCGCUGAGUGAGGCCAUGGAGAAGUCAGCCCAGCAGAGGAAGAGCCUGGCUCCCGAGCCUGUGCAGAUCACUCCGCCUGCCCCCAGUGCCCAGCAGACCUGGGCCCAGGCAUUUGGUGGCAGCCAGGGCAACAGCAGCAGCAGUAGUAGCCGCCUCAGCCAGUACUUUGAGAAGUUUGAUGUGAAGGAGUCUUCCUACCAUCUCCUCAUCUCCCGCCUGGACCUGCACAUCUGUGAUGACAGCCAGUCCCGGGAGCCAGGUGUCUCUGCAAACAGACUCACAGGUGGUGCCAUGCAGCUUACCUUCCGCAAGAUGGCAUUUGACUACUAUCCCUUUCACUGGGCAGGUGACAGCUGUAAACACUGGGUGCGGCACUGUGAGGCCAUGGAGACCCGAAGCCACUGGGCCCAGGAACUGCAGAUGGAGUUUCAGAGUAGGAUGGAGAAGUGGCAUGAGGAGAGCAGUGUGAAGCCGCCAUGGCACCUGGGGGUCGACUCUGCCUUCAGGAAGAAAGCAGAUUCUUUCUCUAAUCCUGGAAAGAGCCCUCUUGACAAAAGCCCUGCUCAGGGCUGGCAGGCUGCCUUUGGGCCUCCAGCAUGGAAUCGUUUACGCUCUAGCUGCCUGGUUGUGCGAGUGGAUGACCUGGACAUCCACCAGGUUUCUACAGCAGGACAGCCAAGUAAGAAGCCAUCCACUCUGCUCUCCUGCAGCCGCAAACGCCACCACCUCCCGACUCAGGUGGCUGCCAUCCAUGUACAGUUCACAGAGUAUUACUUCCCAGAUAAUCAGGAGCUUCCAGUCCCCUGUCCUAAUCUCUACAUCCAGUUAAAUGGUCUGACAUUUACCAUGGAUCCCGUCAGCUUGCUUUGGGGAAACCUCUUUUGCCUAGAUUUAUACCGCAGCUUGGAGCAGUUCAAAGCUAUCUAUAAGCUGGAAGAUUCAAGGCAAAAAGAUGAACACUUGGACAUUCGACUGGAUGCAUUCUGGUUGAAGGUGAGCUUCCCGCUGGAGAAGAGAGAGCAGGCGAAGCUGCAUCGUCCCCAGGCACUCGUCUUCUCCAUGUCAGGCAUGGUCGCCACCAAUACUCGGCAUGCCCCGCACUGCGGUUGUCCAGACCUCCAGAGUCUCUUCCGGGGUUUUGCUGCUGCUGAGUUCUUUCGUUCUAGUUAUUGUCACUUUCCUAAGGUUCCAGGGGGCUUUAGCCUUCUGCACAUGCUCUUCCUGCACCAUGCUUUCCAGAUGGAUUCCCUCCCAGCUCAGCCUAGCUCCCUCCCUCCUCAGAGGCCUGCAGCCUCCCAGGAUCUUUGGUCUCUGCACUUCACCGAGAUCUCCUUGGACUUUGAAGGCACAGAGAACUUCAAAGGCCAUAGCUUGAAUUUUGUGGCCCCCUUCCCCUUGUCCAUUUGGGUCUGCCUUCCUCUCCGCUGGCAGCAAGCCCAGGCACGGAGGCUCCUUUUGGCUUCAGAGGGAAGGCUCAAACCGUCGGCCAGCUUUGGCAGUCCUGUGCAUUCUGAAGCUCUUGCCCCUGAGUCUGUGUCCCAUCAGAGGUCGAAGACUGAACGAGACUUGAAAAGCCUGUCAGGCUUUACUGAAACCCCAGAGGUUAUGAGAGAAGGUGAUGCUGGUGUGGACCACAGAGGGCUCGUGGCAGAGCUGGAGGGUGUGGCGGAUGUUCACAUGCUUGUGCACUCCCCUGCCCACGUCCGAGUGAGGCUCGACCACUACCAGUACUUGGCUCUGCUUCGCCUCAAGGAAGUGCUUCAGGGGCUUCAGGAGCAGCUGGCCAAGGACACAGAGGCCAUGACUGGGUCUCCCCUGCAGGACCAGACAGCUUGUGUGGGUGUCCUCUUCCCCAGUGCUGAGGUGGCUCUCCUCAUGCAUCCUACCCCUGCGACUGCUGAAGCCGACUCUGCAGGCUCAGAUACCACCAGCCUCAUAGACUCAGAGCUGUCUCCGUCGGAGGAUCGGGAACUGAAGUCUGAUGCCUCCUCAGACCAGGGCCCAGUAAGCCCUGAGAAAGUCCCGAAGGUCGGCAGCAUUGAAAAUCUGGAUGCAUCCCAGGACAGGCUGCAUGAUGAUGGAGCGCCACAGGACUUUGGUUCGCCUGCACAGCAGCCAGCAGGGAAGAGCCAUGAGGCAGUGGAGUCUCUCCAGGCCAAGAAGUGGAGCAGAGCGCAGACCGUCAGCUCACCGGCGGCUGUGUUGAAGGACCCAGCUGGUAGGGGUGCUGCUAUGAAUGGACAAGGGGAGCCCAGACCCUUGAGGAACGUUGAGGGGGAGUUGUCCAGUGCUAUUCACAUGACCAAGGAUGCCACAAAAGAGGCUCUCCAUGCCACCAUGGACCUCACCAAGGAAGCUGUGUCCUUGACUAGGGAUGCCUUCAGUUUGGGUAGAGAUCGAAUGACCUCCACCAUGCACAAGAUGUUGUCCCUGCCUCCCACCAAGGAAGCCAUGGCCAAGUCAGAUGAGGGGGUAGCAGCCCCAGUGAGUGGAGGUGCUGCCCGGCUCCGAUUUUUCUCCAUGAAGAGGACAGUCUCUCAGCAGUCAUUUGAUGGUGUCUCAGUGGACAGCAGUGGCCCUGAAGACCGGAUUUCAGUAGACAGCGAUGGCAGUGAUAGCUUUGUGAUGCUCUUGGAGUCCGAAUCUGGUCCAGAGUCUGUCCCACCAGUGCCUGUGACAAGUGUCUUGGAUGACAGUGGUGUUCAAGGAAUCCCUGUUCUGGAUAAUUGUGGCCAGGGGUUGCCAGAGACCAACAGCUCAGUGUCAGCUAGUGGUGACCUCGUCCUUCACUCGGUGUCAGUUUUGGUCCUGAAGGUGAAGGAAGUGUCAUUUGGGAUUGAAGUUCGGGGUGAGGACCUGGCAGUAGCCUUGCAAGCAGAAGACCUGGCCCUGCAACAGCUGGGCACUGUGGGGCUCUGGCAGUUUUUACAUGGACAGUGCCCAGGUACAAGCUUCCAGGAAUCCUCAAAUCUGAAGACUGGCCACAUCAGGCCUGCUGUAGGUCUGCGCUUUGAGGUGGGGCCUGGUGCAGCUGUUCAUUCUCCACUGGCCACACAAAAUGGCUUCCUACGGUUCUUACUUCGGGGCUGUGACCUGGAGCUGUUCACCUCAGUGCUCAAUGGUCUGGGGCCUUUCUUGGAGGAUGAGGAAGUGCCAGUGGUAGUCCCGAUGCAGAUUGAGCUCCUGAACUCCAGUAUUACCCUCAAGGAUGAUAUCCCUCCUAUCUAUCCAACGUCCCCUGGCCCUGGCCCCAUCACUUUGGCGGUGGAGCAUCUUGUGCUGAAGCGGAGUGACGAUGGUGUGUUUCACCUUGGCGCUCCUGCUCAGGACACACCAUUGGCUGAAGUACCUGAGAAGCAUCAAGUCCCAAAAGAACAGGUGCUCCUGGUGCCCGAAGGACAGGGUUUGGGACUGCAGGAGAAAGAAUUACCUACCCUACAGCAAGAACUGAUGGACACCAAACAAGCACUGGCCAAUGCCAACCAGGACAAAGAAAAACUUCUCCAGGAGAUUAGGAAAUAUGACCCUCUCUUUGAGCUCUGACAGCAGCUCAGCCAUCUGUGCCAAGGAGAGACGAUAUCACCAGCAACAGCGCCACCUAGGACAGAGGUGCCGAGGAGCCAGCAGGGCCGGGAGCACCAGGUCACUCUGUGUGCUUCCUACUGGCUGCUAGCCUGGUGGAGGACAAGGAGAGCAUGGCUGCAUCCAGGAACUGGGAUAGCUGUGUACCUGGCCCUGCACCUUAUCUUGCCGUUAUGUAGCCUUGUAGCCCUCUGCAUACUAGAGGGAUCCUCUCUACACUGUAGAGCAUUUCAGCUCCUGGUUUCAUGGUAGUGGUGUUUGCUUCUUUAUGGCCUGUGUGAACAAGUGUCCACCUGAGUCAUGCACACAGCCACCAAAGAUCCCAUGACCCAGUGCUUCCUAUGGCAUACCUGAAGUCCUUGGCCUGAGUUUUGGAGUAGAUCAGGAAAUAGCCCAGCUUUGGGUUAGGACAGAGGAGGCCUGAGGUCAGGGAGCCAUAGACUGUCUGUCCUGGAACAGGGGCUAGGCUCAUACCAUCUUGGCCGAUAGCCUUGGGUCUUGUUUCUUUUCUGUUGAAUUUCUUCAUUGUGAUGCUUUGACUGUGACUCAGCCAGAUUGUCUUUCCCGGCACAACAAUUGGUUUGAGAUUUAAAUCAAGAGAAAUAGUGCUUGGCUGAGGGCAUGAGGAGGCAGGGGUACAGUUCUGCCUGUUUCUACAGCUGUACCUGACCAUCUUCUCUCUCUAUAGGAGUCCCUGGGCUCCUGCUUUCCCAGCACUAUGUCUUUCCGCCUUUGCUAACUUCAGCACUUGGUAGUUUGGGAGAUAAACGUGCUCUAAACUUAGUCGUAAACACCUCAGUAUGCUGCCUCACUCCCUGUUACUAUGGCUUUUUAAAAUCAUGUGAUUUCAACUUAGGUUCCUAGGCUAGGCUUCCUCCUGUCCCUGUGAAUGAGCACAGCUCUGGGCCGUCUCCAAUAGUGCUGGCCAAACAGAAGCAUCACUAACUCACCUACGGGACGAGAUGGUUGGUUGUGAGCCAGGCGAUGCCCUGUGUUCUGAGGGUAGACGAAAAAUAUGAAAGGAGGAGGUUGCAUUUGUUCAGACUUGCAGGACUCAGUCAUGUUCUUCACUAAGGCAAAUUUCCAAACACCAGUUCUUACAGGAUUGUGGUUUGUUCCACUGAGGAGACACAUUACAGACUUGAGAACACCAUCUGGAGACACUGUUAGCAGGUGAUGUUCCCUUGUUUCAGAUUUUUAUAAAUGACCUAGAACUUUAAAUGCAGUUAAAUGUUGCUGCUUCCAGACAAUGAAAAGCAGGCCAGACAAGAGAAACACAGCCAUAGAAAAGUCACAGUGAGCAGGGUUGUGAAUACGAAACAUGACAGGUGAAGUUCAGCACAGGGAAGGCCUGGGAUGUGGCUCAGUAGUAGCAUUUGAGUGGCAUAUGUGAGGACCUGGACUCACCCCCAGCAUUAGAAACACAACAAAAUAAAGAUUAUGUCUAUUUUAACUACUACCACUAAAAAAUACUCAGAAAAGAAUCCAGAGCCUUGCUUAGGGAGGAGGGACUGUGUGGCGCUGCUGUACCUGGCUGUGCUCCCAACACCAUUAGGAAGGCACUCCUGGCUGGCAGGAGCAGCGUCUCAGGUAGAACUGUGGAGUGACUUCAUCCAGCCACUGGGCAUUUCUAUUGGCUUUAUUUAUCUAGGACGUAGAGAAGGGAACGGAGGUUCAGAGAACAGGGAGAACGAUUGGGGAUGUGCAUUGAAAACGGAGACUCUGUUCUCAGAGAUGAAAGUGGAGGGGAGCAGAUGACCACACCCACAGUCAAGAGUAGGGGGAACCCAAUCUUGAAACACUAGUUUUAGGGCUCUGUCACUGCCUCAGGGAAAAGAAAGCACUUUUAAUAAAGUCAGAAACUUGAAGAGCUUGUUUGAGAAGCGGCAUCUGUGUUUGUAAGAUUCUUGGAGGGAAAGGGAGAGCCAGUAACUAGAAAAUAGAAUCAUGGAUCAGGGUCACUUCAGUUAGUGUAAAAUCACACCCUUCCUCUUUGCCCACCUCAUCCCUCCAUGAGAAGAUGUCUAGCAAACACUUGGUGUGCUUCUCCUUCAGGCUUGCAGUAGAAACAUACUUUGUCAAGGAUAAUGCCUUAAUGGCCAGAGUGUUUCUGAGCUGAGGGGCUCUGGAGUUCUUGUCCAUGUGCAAAUGGAGACAUAGUCUUGGCUUAUGUGGUGGCUUUGGCCUUUGUGUCUGGGAGUCAUCCCUCAGAAAAGAUGGUAAAAUUAUUUUUCAUGGGAUCCCAAUGAUGUCAUCUUUUGUAAUUCAAUUCCCUUCUUUGGGGGAUCAACAGGAGAAACUGUCAUGAGAUGUGAACUGGCUGUGUGGAUCUUCAGGAUAAGGGUAAAAGAAGAGAAUGGAGAGCAGGGCAGUUCUUUGGGAGUUUUGCUGUGAAGUUGUGAUUUGUAACAAGAAAUAAUACCUCACGAAAACUUCUGGAGGGACAGCAGCACUGUCCCUCAGAGACUGCAGCCCCUGCACAUUGCCCUCUCAGCAGUAAAGCACUUACUGCAGCUGCGUAUUGCUGGGAUUGCCUCGAGUUCCUGUUUACAUGCAUGUACUGGGAAUAUGUGUUGGUGUGUGUAGACUAGAUCUAGUCCUCUAGCCGGGCUGCAGAUGGCUGUCAGUGUCUACUUCACUGAGAAGACUGAGUCUCUGAUGGGAAGCCAACAUGGGUUCUCUUCCCCUAUGAGCUGUUCUUACUGUGUAUUUCCUGACCCUUGCUGUGCCCUGGGCCAUAAUCUUCGUGUCUCUGCUCUGAAGGAAUGGUAGUCGUGUAUGAAAUAGCAAGGGAUGAUACCACCUCUCACAGACCCUCUAACUCAAAUGUCUGCUGUGAAUUGAUGUCAGUUUUCCCUUAGGGGCUCAAGAGAUUGAGCCCUGCAAAGAAGGUAGUGUGAGUUCUCCUGGGCGGGAACUUUCUAUUCCAAACUCCUUUCAUCUUUAUGCCUAAAUUUCUAACAUCAGUGACAUCAAGCCACAGGACUGAAAACAGAUAUUUACUACCUAAGCUAGUAGAGUAACAUCUGGUUGAGAGCUAUGACAGCCGUGACUUAAGUGACGAACUCUUGGAGAUUCAGAGGCCACACACGGGAAACAUAGGGCCUUUCCAUUCCCCCAGGGUAGGUAUGGAGAAACUUAGGGCCUUUCCAUUCCCCCAGGGUAGGUAUGGAGAAUGGCUGUUAAUGAAGAGGCACUUUCCCCGUGGCACAGGGAAGUACUCUUACUGUUAACAGUGAGGCCUUUCUAAGUGGCCAGACUUGAGAUUUGAGCUUCCUGUCCUGUUAUUAUAUUCCUGCCUUAUCCAGUAUUCUUUAUCGAAAUAGGAUUAGUUCCUACACGUUAAGAUUUCCUAUUAGAGUUGAGAGGGAAUUUUUUUUUUUUGGUCAGUUUACUAGUUUUUGGUCAAUAUUUAGCCUGAGUCUUACAGCACUCUUUGUGGAGUGCUCCACUGAAGUGUCUUCUGCUUUGGCUAAGCUGAUGAAUUUUAAUGUAAGUUACUAAAAGAUCUGUCUAAUUACGUGAGUCUGAGCUAUUUCCCUAACUCAGGGUGCUAAAAACAAGACUUGCUCAGGAAAGCUUCGGAAGAGAACAGCUUCCAACCCUCCUUCCUGUGACACUCAACAGUGAAUGGGAAGCAGGUCAGUGGAUUGCCAAUUAUAUCAGGUAGCCUUACUACUGCUAAUCACUGUCAAUAAAAAGUCACUUCAUUCUCUGAGGAAAGCAGCGAGAAUGUAUACAAUGAACUGGAAUCCUAGUCAGUAUUGGGGAAUUUUAAUGUUGCAAUAUCUAAUCAAACUCUGAGUGUACUGGUUCUGUGAACCACCUGAAAAGCAAAUUAAAAAAAUACUAUUAAAUAGUA